GUUUCCUCGAAAAUGGCGGACGGUGCUGAUUCGAAUUUUCCGAGCACACGAUGAAAGUCCGCCGAAUUUUUAGCACCCACAUUCUUUUUUGAGUUUUUCUGAGUUUCGUGAAAUUCUAAAGGGUUCCUAAUCCCAUUUUCAUAGUUGUGUGCACGCGAUUAAACUUCGUUAAAACAGAAAAAAUUAAGUCGCGCGGGAUUGUGUAUUCAGUGGAAGGUGGCGGGGACCCCCAUAAGUAAUAAAUGGCUGACCGGAGUUGUAAAAUAAGUAGCAACUAAAUCACGAAUGAAUCCAGAGCCAGAUAAAUAAGGAUAAUGUCAGAACCCGAAGAAUGUCCGGCAGCUCCGGACAGUACGACAAAGGAGCAACGAAUAGGAUUUUCUCAUGGAGAAGAUGUUUUUCUACAACUCAAAGAUGGAAAAUAUUAUUUGGGAACAGUUGUCGAGGUGGAUGUGGCGAGAGACAAGUGUCUCGUCAAAUUCCUCGACAAUACAUCAUCUUGGUCAUCGGUCAAAGAGCUAACGAAAGUAUCAACGACUGAAUCCGAUGUAAUGUGUGUUCUUUGUAAAAAAUCUCAACCCAAGACUGACAAUGAUAUCAUUGUUUGCGAUAAAUGCGGUCGCGGAUAUCAUCAACUUUGUCAUCAGCCUCAGGUAAUAAAAGAGGAAACACCUUCAGAAGCACAUUGGGUGUGUAAAAGAUGCAUUGACAGUCAACCAAGACAUGGAGAGCCUAAAAAUUCGAUGGUUAAAGCAAAUAUUAGAAAAGUUUGCAGUGGUCGAGAUCAACCACCACCGCCUCCAGAAGACAUGACGAAGUUACCUUAUGACCCGAACAUGUUGAGCUGGGACUCUAAUCACCGAGUGAAUGCAGAACAAAUUUAUUGUUAUUGCGGAUUAAAUGGCGAAUGGUACACGCAAAUGUUACAAUGCGCUCGUUGUAAACAAUGGUUUCAUGAAAAAUGCGUUAGCUGUUUAACGUAUCCUCUCUACAGUGGAGACAGAUUUUACGUGUUUGUUUGUUCAAUGUGCAAUUAUGGCAAGGAAUUUGUACGUCGAUUAGAAAUAAAAUGGGUAGAUUUGGUGCACCUGAUGUUGUACAAUCUAACGGUUUAUAAUGCAAAAAAAUACUACGAUUUGGACACUGUCAUUGUUCCAUACGCGAAUGAUAAUUGGAAUACUUUGCAGUUGCCACCUAGAAUUCGAGAUGUUAGUCAACAGAUUCGCAGAGAUUCGAUUCUCGAGAUUUUAAUUAGCAAUAGAAAUAGGUUUAAAUGUGGUAGAGAAAUAAAGAAGAGGACAACAAUUUGGGGAUUGAGAGUGAGAUUACCGCCUCCAUGUCCAGUUGUUUAUCUUCCGGACACUGGUAUAAUUGAUGAUUCUGUUUUACGCCGUUGCUGGGGUGGAAACAGAAGACUGCAAUACCUUCCACCUACUACUGGACCGGUAUUAAUGCCAGAGAGUACAAAACCACUCAUUGAAAUAAAACAGGAAAAUCUUGAAAUUUCUGUUAAUCCAACUGAUGUAUUAAGAGGCGCGAUCUACCAAAAUAGUGAAACAGGGCAAAGUUCUGAUACAAAUCUACCUAAUCAAUCGACAGAGGCUUUGAGAGAAAGGUACAGCGGAGGUGGUUUCGUGAAGAAAUCGUUUCCAUUUCCAAAAUUAAGUUUGCAAAGAAGAAGACGUUUAAUGGCCCUGGGUAGUUCUCGAGAGAGAAUGCUCCGCAAACAGAAAAAAAGGGAAAAGGAAAAUUCAGAAUCGAAUAUUAAAUUGCAAUGUGUUCGUGAGGCGAGAUACAAAAAGGCAAGAAAACUACUUAAAAACGCUAUUGCCAAGAGUAAAUCGCGAAAUUGUGAUGCAUCGGAUUUGCCCCCAACACCGCCGACGUCCGUCUCGGGACCACCAACUCCACCGGCAACAACAUCCGGAAUAUCCGAGAUGAUGGUUCCAAAUUCAGUGGAAUUAUUAAAUCAAUUACCACCAUCAACACCAGCGGACACGAGCGGCGAUGAGACAAGUUCCCGUGGCACUCUUGACUCAUUCAUUCCACCACCAAAAGAUUUUGAAGGUAAAAAUAAUCCAUUUCGAAAUCUCAGCGAAUUACUUGGAACACCGUGCACCAUUAAUCAAGGUAAUUCAAAUAUUUCCCUUACAUUCAAUCAAUGUCCCAUUACAUUGCCCCUACCCCUAACACCAGUGAUAUCGCAACCGCCAUUAAUGCGACCAGCAAAACGACAAUUGUCCGAAAAAGAUAUUAUUAUCGAUCGUAAUGGUCAAGUGAAACGUAGACGACAACAUCGACGUGGUCGACCGCCACAACAACAACAAACAGCAAGUAAAACAGCGGCAAUUAUUCCAGCACGUAACAGUGAUGUGAAAAAUGAAUUUGUCCGAAAUUUACGAAGUUCAUUUAAUGGCUCAUCAAGUAGUCAUCAAAUUGGAAAUUGUGUUGACUAUGCACUUAAUGGACGAAGACUGAGACAACGGCAAAAUAUUGAUAAACUUCCACCACCAUCAUCUGAUCCUCAGAUACAAAAGAAUAAAGGAAAUAAUUUAGUUGUCAGUGGUGGUGGUGGCGUGAGUAGUGUACCAACGUCACCAAAAUAUUCACCAGUGAAACAAAAUGCACCCGAUAUAUCGAUUGACGAUCUAAAAUCAUCAGUUAAUAUUUAUUUUGGUGCUGCUAAUCGAAUAGCCGCUGGUGAGAAAUUUUUCAUUAAAGCAAAACGUAUUGGGCCAAAUGGCCAAUCACAAUUUCUUAUCGAAUGGGAAGGACCCAAUACUUAACGUUAAAUGUUGGGAAUAUUGUCUUUUAAAAUUUAUAACAAAAAAACGAUAAUUUCAAAAAAAAAAAAAAAAUGUGGGAGCUUUUUAUAUCUCGGCAUCGAACUCAAAAGCCGAUCGACUGAUCCUCCUCUCUGCAGAUUCGAUAGUACAUCGUGGAUCAAAGGAUUUCUGUUGUUUUUUUUAAUCUUUUUUUUCUUGUUAUCUAGUUGUUUUUAUUAUUCUCUAUUUUUUCCACCUAAUUUUUAUUUUCUUUAUUUUUUCAUCUGUACUAUUUUUGUUUUCUCUUUUUUCUUGUCUAUUUUACGAUUUUUUUUUCUCCACACUGAAUGAAAAAAAUUAUUUUUGAUUCAAUAACAGCGAUGCUAAAAAAUCAACUAAAUACUUAUAUUAUUAAAUAAAUAAAAUUUCUUUUCACGUAUUUGAAUACGUAUGUAAUGAAUUCUAAAAUACUUUUUUUUACUUCAGUGUAUUUCUAAAGUUCUGUGCGGUCAUGUAAAUAUAAAACGUUUCGUAAAAAUAAAUAAACUAAAGAGAAAAAUAAAUUAAUUACACUAAAAAAAUUUUUUGUAAUAAAUUUAUAAAAAGUAGAUCUGUUUCUAUUUAUAUAUUCUUUUAAAUUGUAAAAAAUAUUGAAAAUAAUUAUAGAAGGAUUAAGUUGAAUAAAAAUAUUAAUAUUAAUUAAUGAAUCAAUAUUUUCUGAAUUUUUCAACUUGAUUAUAUUAAAACUAGAAGUAAUAAUUACUAAAGCUAAAUUUAAAUUGUUAUUUUUACUAAUAUAGUAUAAAUAAGUGAUAAACAAAUGAAAUUAAGUAGAAAUUCUGUUAAAUAAAAUAUUUUACUUAAAUAAAAAUUCUACAUUAUUAAAAAUGUAUUUUAUUACAUUACAAAAUAAAAUUCGAUCCACUGAAAAUUCCAAUUAAUUAUUCAUGUAUGAUAAUUAAGUAUUUAUGUUUAACAGUAUUAAAUUAACUACUUAAUUCAUUUAAAAUCAGAAAUUGUAAAAAAUAAAUAUAUUUUUUGUUAAAAAUAUUAUUUAGAACAUUUUUUACUAAAAAGAAAAUCGUUUUUAUUUACAAUCAGAACUUUAGGAACACUUAUCUCUUUUUUUUUUACUUUUUAACAUAUCUGUUAUUCAUGUCCGAUAAUUGAAAACAAUUUUUUUUUUAUGAACUGUUAAUAAAAAAAAAUUAUUUCGAAAAAAAUCACGACAUUUGCUGUCGUUAAUUUCGUUGCUGGCCAACGGAUUUUGAUUUCAGACUUCUUAACAAUUUUCGUCAUUUUAUUUUAUAUAUAUUAUUUUUUUGCGUAUAUGAUAAAUUAUUUUUAAAUGAAUAAAAAUUGUCAUGGAUUAUAAAUCGGUUGUUAAAUUAAAAUGGAGCGCCGUCCACGUUUUAUAGUUCGAGUCCAGUAUUAAAAAAAAAAAAAUGAAAAAAAUAUUCGAAUUGAGAAAAGCAACGAAUUGUACAAUUGAAGAUUUAUUCUUACAGAAAAUUUUAUCAAAUCUGUAAAGAACAAAAAUUGAAAAUGAAAAGAAAGAUAAAGAAUUUGAUUGUGAAAGUAGUCAGGAAUUGUCGGCGAAACAAAUUUUCGAUUGUAUUUGAUAUUAAGAGUUUACUACAAAAAAAAAAAAAAGAAUAUAUAUCGCUAAAUAUUAGACUGCAAUUCCAAAUAGAAAAAAAAAUUUUCAAGGUGGCUGCUGAUGAAACAAUAAAGUUUCUAUAGAUUAUUUUCUGUAGGAAAAAAAAAUGUUAUAAUAAAAUAUAAUUUUAUAAAUGACAAUUUUUUUUUGUCUGUAAAUUAGAAUAAGUUACAAAAUUUAAUUAAAAAAUAAGCAAAUAAAAAUUUGCUUAAAAAAUUAAAAAAGAAAAUAAUCUUUUAAUGAAAUAGAAAUAAUAGACUUGAAUUUUGCGGCCACCCUGGAAUUGAAAUUUAACUAUUUCUCGGUUUUUUUUUUGUAAUUUAUUAAUAUUCAAUAACUAGCAUAUCGUAGAAGCUAGUUUUCAUAACAAAGCAAAAUGUUAUUUUUCAAUACUAUAGAGUUUAAUAGCUCUGAUAUUUCAAUCUUCUCAAAAUUAAAUUCGUUUAAUAUUUUAAAUAUUUUAACGUUAAAUUGAAAUAUUUUAUAUUUAAAAAAAUUUAAUUUUUUUUAAUUAUAUAUAGAAAUAUAACGAUUUCGGUAAAAUUUUGAAAAAUUAAAUGAAUUAUCAAUGAGAUAUUUAUUAAUAAAUUUAAUUGAAAAUCUAGUUGGUGGUUGUUUUCUAAUUGAAAGAAAAUAUUUAAUUAGAGAAGAUGAAAUAUUGCAAACCACAUUGCUCACAAUACAAGACUAAAAGUUAUCUAUUACAAUUACUACCUAUAAAAACUUGAUGACAAUUUUAAUCAGAGGCAUAAUAUAAAUAGUGGAAUUGAUAUAAUAUUUCAUUCAAUCAAAUGCAAAUUUGUCAAUUAAAUUAUUACUUUUUAUUAAACUCAAGUUUGCAACGUUUCUAAAACAAUUAAAACAACAAAGAUUUUACAUUUGUUUUUAAAAAAGCAAAAUUAUUUCAAUUAGAAAAUUAAUUUUUUAUAAAUUGAAAUAUUAAAUUAGCAAACUAUAUAUUUUCUUAUAGAAAAUAUUUUUAGAGUUUAAAACUUUUUAUUUUCGUUUUUUUUUAUUAAAUAUUAACUAGGUUUAAUUUAAUUUUUAUUAUUUAUUCAUAGUUCAUAACUUUCGAUUUUGGACGAAUAUUUUUAUUUUAUUUUUAUAUUUAUUAUUAUGAUUAAUAGUCAUAAUUAUCAUGAAAUAAAAAUUUCAUAUUAUGUUAUGAAAUUUUUAUUUCAUUAUUUGUUUUAUUUCUAUUGAAAUUUAUUUAAACUUUGGAAGGAAUUUUUAAAUGCGAUUCAAAAAAAUAUUUUUAUUAAAAAACAAAAAAAAAAAGAAAUCAUUGUGGCAUCAAUUUGAAAAGUUUUCGAAUUGUAAAAAUUUAAAUUAUUGAAUUCAUUAUUAAAAAAAAUUGUUUUGUUUUAUCAAAACGUUGCAAACUUUUGUUUAAAAUAUAAAAAAUUUCUCUCCUUAAUUUUUUUUCUACACAAUAUAAUUGCCAUAAAAAGCCGUACAAAACUCGACCACAAUUGCAUUUAACGUACAAAUAAAUACUUUUAAUAACAAUCCUUAAUUCCUUCCGUGAAAAAAAACCACUGCCAGCACGUAUUUCUUUUAAAAAAAAAUUUAAUAAAAUAAGUAAACAAUCAAUUAGUUGAAUCGAAUCUUUGAUUUUUGUCUUUUUUUUUAGAAAAUAUAUAGUUUUAAAGUAUAAUAAUAAUAAUUAAUAAAAAUCCUGGGGAAAUAAGUCUGCAUUGUACAAUAUUUAAAAAGAAGUCUAUAUGUAUUAGAAAGGAUUUUAUACGUGACACGAUGGUCAAAGGAGCUUAUUAGAAAAAAUUGUCGAAUAAAUGUCGGUUUUAUCCUUUGAUAUACGUGAAUUUUUACUCUAUGUACACUCUGAAUUGAAUCGAUUCACGCAAUUUUAGAAAGAGAGCCUAAAAGCGGAAAUUUUUAAAUGACAAAGAGAGUUGAAAAUCAUUAACUCGAUAAUAAAUAAUUUACCAAUAAAUAAAUAAUUGGUAUCUUUAAAAAAAUAUAUUUAGUUUAAAAUACAAAAAAAGCUAAUUGUGUUCUGAAUUUAAAUAAUGUGAUACGGGAAGUUCAGCAUUAAUCUAGACAAAUUAAAUUUGUAGUGUUUAAAACAAAAAAAAAAAAAAAAAAAAGGAUAAAAUAACAAUUGUGAUACAAAUUUUCUUUGCUUAUAUUUUAGUAAAAAAAAAAUUUAAUUUUCUCAACUGAGAUUACUUUUAACAUUUUUCGAUAAUUAAAAAAGUUCUGAAGACUUUUUUUUCAUCUUCUAUUUUUAAUUGAAAUUUAAUUAUAAAAUUAAGCAAUUAAUUUUAAUUAUGUUUAUUAAAAUUAAUUAAUUAAUUAAUUAUUAAACUAUUUUUAGAUUAGAAAUAGUAUUUAGCAAAACAAAAAAUGUGUUUAAUUCGAAUUAUAUGAAAAUUCGAAACAUUUUUUUUUUUAGAGAAAUGUCGCAGCGAAACCAAAAUUAAAAAAAAAUAGACGUUUUUAAAACGUCUACGUUCUCUUUUUAUCGCUUAUGAGGUGAUAAAAUGCUGUUCUCUUAGGACCCGUAUCACAAAAAAUAUUUAGGUGGUAUCGUCUUUCCUUGUGAAAAAAAGGGAAAUUCAGGUUAAUUUAUUUUGACGAAAACAAGAACUAUAUAAAACACUGCCAAGUUAAAACGAUUUAUUUGUUAGAAUUAUGUGUUUUAUUUCUAACAAAUAAGUGGAAUUAAACGAUCGUAAGUGAAAUUAGGAGGAAAAGAACUACUGCCAGUAUCGUAUGUAAAUAUUCCUUUUUUUGUAAGCUAUAAAUAGUUAUGUUUAUUAAAAGAAGAAAAAAAAAGAAAAAAAAAACAGUUAUGUUCUGUAUGAAUGUUAUAUGGGAUUCUGUAAUUUGUGGUUGUGUAAUUUUGUGAAUGCGAGAUAAAUGCAAGAAAGAAAAUAUUGAAUGGGGCUUUAAUCAAAUCUCAAAAAGCAAAAAGACUUUAUAAUCCAUCGUUUACUGAAUAUUAUAAAUAAAUAAAUAUAUAUAUAAACAAUUAUAUAUAUAUAUAAUUAUAUUUGCGCUAUUUGUUUGUUUAUUGUGAAAAAAUUUCAUUAUAAUUGACCGUAAAAAAGUAGGACACAAGUUAUUGUUAUCAGUCUAUAAUUCACUAUAUUGGUUUUUGUUUUCUUGAUCAGAAAAUAAAAUCAACUUAUUUGCAUAUUUAUUAUCGUAUAGCACAGUGUUUUUAUUUUAAAUAUUGUCGAAUCUUUUUUUUCUUCAUUUAAAAGUAAAACAUUCCAAAAUUGAAUGAAAGAAUUCAAAAAUGUUGGUUGAAAUUUUAAUUAAAUUUUGAUUCUUGUUAAAAAGAAAUAAAUUGUCGACCAAAAAAAAAGAAAAUUAAGAAAAAAUAUUUAAGCGAAUGUUUUGAAAAUUUCUAGAGAACUUUUUAAUAAAAACAUUGUGAAUGUUGAUCAACAGAAUAGAUUAAAAAAAUCUUGUAUAUAAAUUAAGUAGAAUUAAAAAAAAAAAAAUUAUUUAAGUAGCACCUUUGAAAUCUUGUAGUUUUUGUUUUCUAAUUCUUCAAGUAAUAUUAUAACUACAUAUGAGUUAAAAAAAAAAUUAAUACGAAGCUUCAAGAAUUAACGGAUUGCUUUCUUAGAUGGAUUUCUGUGCGUGAAAAAUCUUUGCCAAACUAUCUGUGUGAUAAAUCUUUAAGCAGCUUCACGAAAUUUUUAGCUGCUUUUCUUUUUUUUCUUUCUUUCGUUAAAAUUGGUAGAAUAUUUGUAAACUCAUUAUGAUCUCUGUAUAGAAAAUUAAAAGAACUUCUCUCGAAAAAAUCCAAGAAGUGCAAAGCUAUGGGAUCUUUUACUUUUUAACUACUAUAUAAAUAUAUAUAUACUAUAACGAUUAAUUUUUUUCUUUCAACUUCAUAAUACAUAAAUAGUUUUAUUUUCUUUUUCUCGUCGAAUUGUACUAAGAAUGUAUGUGCAAAAUAGUAUCGAGCACUUUUAGAAAUAAGACUUAUUUUGCUGCCUGUAUAAAAAAUAAACAAGGAUCGAAGCAAAAGAUCCCUAUAUAAAAAAAACUACAGUCGAUUUGUGAAAGCAAAAUAGAAAAAAAGACAAGAAAAAAAAACAAAACAGUGAAAGCCUUUGAUAUUUUUCUAUUUUUCAAACUUAUUGAAUAGAAACAGCGAGAUCAAUGGGAAAAAUUUUUCUAUCUUCGUUUUUAGAUUUUGCAUUUUUAUUGACUCUUCACACAAAAAAAAAAUCAGCUUCGCGAAUAAAAUGAUCAAGAAAUGUAUGUAUGAAUGUAACGAACAGAUUGUUUUGCAUAAGAUUGAAAGAAUAAAAUCUAGAAAAUAAAUAAUCUAUACAGAA